CUCGAGCUCGAGAAGAUGGCGGCUAAUGUGGAGAAAGCUGAGGGAGGUGGAGGGUCUGUCGAUUCCGACUCGGUUUCGCCCAGGUUGCCUUCUCCACCGCCGGAUCAGCCUCACCAAAACAACCCGCUCCUCGGUCUUCCCAUCGUGGCCAUCGACACCAUUUUAAACUUCCUGUCUUACGAUGAAAUCAGCCUGCUGCGCCUGGUAUGUAAGCGCAUGGACAUGAUUUGUCAACGUAUGCUUAACCAAGGUUUCCUCAAAGUGGAGCGUUAUCACAGCCUCUGUCAAAGACAAGUCAAAGCCCAGCUUCCGAGGCGGGAAUCAGAGAGGAGGAACCACUCUCUGGCUCGCCAUGCAGACAUCUUAGCCGCAGUGGAAACACGUUUAUCUUUGCUCAAUAUGACCUUCAUGAAAUACGUGGACUCCAAUCUCUGCUGCUUCAUACCUGGCAAGGUGAUCGAUGAAAUUUACCGAGUCCUGCGCUAUGUGAACUCUACCCGAGCACCACAGAGGGCUCAUGAGGUGCUUCAAGAGCUGCGGGACAUCUCAUCUAUGGCCAUGGAGUACUUCGAUGAGAAGAUUGUCCCCAUCCUCAAGAAGAAGCUCCCAGGUGCUGACCUGUCUGGCCGUCUUAUAGGAUCUGCACCAGUGGCCGGGCCGUCUAGCUCUCUAAGCACCAUGACUCUUCUGGCCAAGAACGCGCCUUCGCGCUCCGAGAUGACCAAGGUGCAACAGCAGGUAAAGGUGAACGGCGCGUCCAUGACGGUGCUGAGGCGCGAGAUGCAGGAGGUCCGCGUCAAGCAGCUCGAGCAGCAGAAGCAGCUGCAGGACCAGGAGCAGAAGCUGCUGGAACAGACGCAGGUCAUCGGCGAGCAGAACGCGCGCCUCGCCGAGCUCGAGCACAAGCUGCGCGAACUCAUGGAGAGUGCUGUGGGCGCCAGCGCCACCCGGGCCCUGCCCACUACCUCCUCUUCCUCCUCAACUUCUUCAUCCGCUAGCACCGUAGCUGUAGCAUCCACUUCCCCGGUCGGCCUGGGCACGAUAGCGGCGAGGAUAGCCGAGGAAUGUGGCACCUCUCUGAAGCGCCGCCGCAAGAAUUCAGACCUACCGCGCCACUCCAAGCGCCUGCGUAGCAAGAAGUAAAGGGAGGUCUUUUAGGUUUUAUGGCUCACUACAGUUUUGGUUUUGUUGUCCCUCAAUCCGUUUCCUUUGCACCAGAACCGUGGACGGAGCGUGAUGGAGAUCUGCUUUCAAUUUUCCGUGUUUUAAGCAAAUGCUGUUGUGUCCCCUCGUUUCAUAUACACUAAUCUGCCUGAAGGCUCUUGGUGUAAUGGCUUUAGGUGAUGCUUGCCUUCUGUGUCUGCUGUUGUUGUAUGACAUUAUUCCCGAAAUUCAUGGUGAAAGGAAGAUGUAAUUAAGUAUUUCCUGCUGAAUACGCAGGAGGUGAAAAACCAGCACGUAUGUAACACAUACACCGGCUGCAACAUUAUCGUUUAAUCUGUUGCCCCAUAUAUAAGUACGGCCUAAAUUCUGAGGAUCUAAUUUAAAUGACAAAUAUCGUACAGACGUAACCACAUCUUUAACAAUCCCAGGUGACACAUUUGACUGAUGUUGUAGCUACCCUUAUUUUCGUGGUUGUACAGUUGCUUACUAAAUAGAGCCGUCAGUGCAAUGAGACUUGUCGGGAAGCCUCGUUACAAGCUAUUAAUGUCUGAUUUAUUUCGGAGGAGUACAUGUACACACCUGCUACUCCUGUCUAGCUACAUUUCUGUGUUAGUCCAUUUCCCCAAUCAUAUCAAAGCUUUCACUUCGCUACGUGCUGUUUAGUUCUGUUAAAGAGUGUUAAAGAAAAAGUAAAGUUCACCCGUAAACAGUACCACACCAGGAGCGAGAAUAAUGAAAACCGACGCUGUUGCGUAGAAUGAUGUAUUAUUUAACAUUAUCACGUUGCAAGCAAAAGUGUGUCUUGCAUUUAUAUUUAUUAAUUAAAGCUGGUUAGUACUGGUCAUGUGAUGCUAAAGCCCUAAACGUUUUUUUUUUUAAUAAACAAAAACGAUAAAAUAGCGCACAUUCCCUGACAGAUAGAAAUGCACAGAUUUUUUUUUCUUCCUAAGCAGCCUGACUAAGUUGAUUCACUUUCUUUGAAACUAUUAGGUUUUUAUCAACUAAUAACUCUAUAAAGCCUAACUACAAACCUAUUUAGUCAUCCUUAUCGUUUUUCUCAGUCGCUGAGAUACAGUGUUAACCGUGAUAAGCAUGUAUUGUAAAUAUCUGGCAUUUCUUUAUUAAGUUUUCCUGAAGUAUGACUGAAAUGUCUACGCUGACAUGUACAUAAAAAAAUGCAGUUUAACCAGCUGGUUCAUUUGAACUUUAAAAAGGAAAAAAAAAAACAUGGUUUGGACAUGACAAAAAAAACACUGCAAUUUAACUCCAAAUAAAAGACAGCGUAGCUUGUUACCUUGAUAUUUAAAACGAUUCCUAUCAGCAUUGUUUGGGUUAAAAAGACUUUUAAAUUUCGAGCCCUUACUCUUUCUACUUGAAAAGCAGAAGAAGAAAAAAAAUGAGUUGCCUUAAAACUCUGUUAAUCUAUUCCUAUGCAUCAAGCCAUUUGGCCAAAGUUUAUCCUCAGACUAAUUAAUAUCGCUUCGGCCUGAUAUGAUUCGAUCCGAUCUGAUGAAACCUAAACCCAGAUGUCAUACCUGCAGCAUCCUCUACUUUCUGAAACCUUGCUUUAGAAUCGCAUGUACAGUAUGUUUUAAAAUAUAAACCGGGCACACAGAAAUACUUUAUAACUUGUGGCUUCAAGCAAGACUGUCAUUUUAGAAAAAGAAAAAGUCUGUAUUGUAAACAUGUACUUCAAAGAGAGGACUGGAUUAUUUUAUGUAUGUAACAAUGGGAAAUGAAUCUUGUACAUUCAUUGCCUGAUUGUGACAGAAAGGAGGCGUUUUGUUGCACAUAUUAGUGUUAAAACAAUGUACAAAUCAAUCAUAUUAAAUCAGCUUAAGGCAGA